AUGGCUGCAAAGGGAGAAGACGAAGCUGUUACCCUCAAAUCUUGCACGCGGCGGAAAACUGACUCCAUCGAGAAGAGGUUUUGCUUUGACGUGGAAGCUGUCGACCGGCCUGGCGUGAUCACCAUGCAGGCGCUUUCGGAAGAGGACCGAAGGCUGUGGAUGGAGGCGAUGGAUGGCCGGGAACCGGUCUACAACUCGAACAAGGACAACCAAAGCGAAGGCACUGCCCAGUUGGAUAAUAUCGGCUUCAGCAUUAUCAAGAAGUGCAUACACGCUGUUGAGACGAGAGGGAUCAAUGAGCAAGGGCUCUACAGAAUCGUCGGGGUAAACUCCAGAGUUCAAAAGCUGUUGAGUAUAUUAAUGGAUCCCAAAACAGCCACAGAAACAGAAACAGAGAUCUGCGCGGAGUGGGAGAUAAAGACCAUUACUAGUGCACUGAAAACCUACCUGAGAAUGCUUCCGGGGCCGCUCAUGAUGUACCAAUUUCAAAGGAGCUUCAUCAAAGCAGCAAAACUGGAGAAUCAGGAGUCGAGGGUGUCAGAGAUCCACAGCCUCGUUCAUCGGCUCCCGGAGAAAAACAGGCAGAUGCUGCACUUGCUCAUGAACCACUUGGCAAA